UCUCGCCGUGACCCGUCGCACCCCCUCUCCCAGCGGCACCAGUGCCGCCGUGUGCUGUUUCUCUGCGCAUAAGCUGUUUAGCUCUGGGCGCAGCCCUGCUCGGGCCAAGCUCCGGCCCCAAGGCGUGCUGGAAGACCUGGCGAUCUCUGGAACUCGCGGCCUUGCUCGGUUGCAACGGCGGCACAGGUCAAGAGCUGCGUGAUGGGUGCGCCAAGAUGAGCAGAGGGCGAGGAGAUCUGUACAAGCUCGCCCUCGGCCCAGAAGCCGUGCGCGCCGCCCUGGCUUGGCCAGGGAGGCAUACACACCGCCCCACGGGCCCCGAAGUGGGCCUGAGAGGCGGCGGAUGUCUGAAGAUUUCGCCGCCCGACAGCUACCUGCCGGGCCUGGGCGAGAACGACAAAGCGGCAAAGACAACAAAAGCCCAACUCCACAGGAGGGCUGAGACCAAUCCCAGAUCGAACUUCCCACGCUCAAGGGUCGGACACGCAGAAAACCUUGCACUUCACAUUACGCCAAUACUUGUCGCUGCGACUGCGCGGACAUUGGAGAGGACGUCGAAAAAACACAUGGCUAGCUCUUGUUAUUAGUCUUCGCUGCACGAAGACCAUGCGAAAGAAAAAAACAACGAGCAACAAUUGCGCCGCCUGCGUCCGGUGCAAAACCUCUGCGGGUUCGUGACGCGACCCACUGAGGGCGGGCACGGCAAUGCGCGCUUGAACCACAGACGCGAGCAGACCAGAUCGCGACGGCUGAAAUAUCCAAAUGAUCAUCGAACUUUGGCUGCGAACGUAGUUAGAUGCACAGUAGCCAACGCGGACGUCAGUAUGGGUACGCGUGUGCACAACUAUUCGGUAGCGUGAGCACAAGUGCUGAAUAUGCGCAUUCUCUGACUACGCGUGCGCAGGCAACAAUUCUAUAUCAGCGUAUCCCUCUGCGUACCCGCAUGCGCCAUUGGCGCACACGUGCGCGUGCCAGGCGGGGGAACAGGAAGACCAAGGACGGAUGAGGAUCAAAGCAACGGCAAACGGACAGUAUCUCCUCCUCGCAGAACAGGUGCCCCAGAGAGCCCUAGCUAUGUUCCUGCAGAUGCAGUGCAAGUGAAAGCUACGACCCUUGGACAUAGCCACUCCCACGAUCUACGUUCACCAGGG